CUGAAUGAGGAGCAAAUCGCAACCGUCUCUCGAUCCGUACUGCAUGCGCUUGCAUUCUUGCAUGAUCAUGGAGUCAUUCAUCGCGAUGUGAAGUCGGACUCCAUACUGUUGGCGGCUGAUGGGCGUGUCAAACUAUCAGACUUCGGUUUCUGUGCUCAGCUUUUAUACGAUAUUCACGUUGACACAGUCCACGAGACUUCCUCCUUUGUUUCAGGUGAAAACGUGCUGAGCUUUGAUUUAGGACCGCUGGAAUACUCUUCGUUCAGAUCAGUUCAUGCUUGUUAUUUUUUUAUUUUUUUCCAGAUUUCUGCUAGCUUGCCCCGACGCCGAAGUCUAGUUGGCACCCCUUACUGGAUGGCGCCAGAAGUGAUCGGUCGGAAGCCAUACACCACCGCAGUGGAUGUCUGGUCCUGCGGCGUCCUCAUAAUAGAAAUGGUAGACGGCGAGCCAACCUUUUUCAAUGAACCCCCUUUGCACGCCAUGCGGCGAAUUCGGGACAGCGCCUUGCCUCAUCUUAAAUAUCCACAAACGGUAAGUUACUGGGCUCCGCUAGUUUCAGCCUUAUAUUUUUAUUGCAAUUUAUAUUGA